CUUCUUCCAAACUAGUUGUGGAGAGAGAUCUUCUGCAAGCGGUGGUUAGUGGUGACUUCUGGCAGAAGGUUCUCUGUGCUGAAAAAGAAAGGAAAAAACAACAUAGAAAAAGGGAAGGGAAAAAAAAAGGAAAAAAAAAAAAUUGGUGAAGGUGCUGAGGAACAAGAAAGCGUACGUAGAUUACAAUAACUAAAGAAUUUUUUGUUGGGGUUUCGUGAAAUUCUAGUAGAUCUAUCUCCUUACGUAAUCGUUUCUUUCUCUAUUCAUUUUGCUUCUGAUUAUCUCCGCAUUUGCUUCAAGAAUCUCCUCUGGAACCCUCUUGUUUGUUAUGGUUCAAUGUUCUCUUUUUGAGUUUUGUGUAUGUGGGGUUGUCGUUUUCAAUCUGGGGGACUGAUUGGCUCGUAUUGUUUGGGGGUUUAGCUUUCGUGGGUGUAUUUAGAUGGUGAGACGUAGAUAAUUGGGGUUUUAUUGGUGAAUUUUUUUGGUGGGUCUGUUGUAAAUAGGGUGGGUUUUUGAACCUCUGUGUCGGGUCGGAGUUCAUUAAGAAUUUUGAAGGAUUGAGGUUUAGGGUUGGGUGAAAUAUUUAGUGGGUAUGUGGAGAACUGUUCUGUUUUUGCAGAUUUCUAUGGUGGGUCGGAGGUGAUUAGGGUUUUUAUUGAUGAUAUAUUUGUGGGUCUUUGGAAAUUGUGCUGUAUUUGCUGAUUUCAGUGGUGGGCCUGAGUUGAUAGGGGUUUUUUAUUUUUUAUUUUUUUUUUAUCAAGGUUUAAGUUCUAGAAUUGGGAACGUCUCAAUUGGGUUGAGGGUUCUUUGCCUGUUGUUGAAUUGGAUCGUUCUGCUGAAGAAUUUCAGGAUUUGGCUUUGAAAUUCCUUUCUGUGUGCUGGGUGGUAUUUCUGGGCUAUUGAUAAAAUGAGUUCGAAUAAUGAAGGAGAUUUGGUUCAAGGGGCUAAGCUUUUUGUUCGUAUUGCUCAGAAUGGACACUCUUAUGAGCUUGAUUGCAAUGAAUCUACGCCAGUGGAGGUGGUCCAACAACUCAUUGCAUCCGUUGCAGGGAUCAACAGCAACGACCAGCUUCUGCUGUCUUUGGAAUGGAAACUUGAGCCGCCCCGGCAGCUUUCAGCUUACAAUCUUCCAUCAGAUAAUGGAGAAGUUUUUGUGUAUAAUAAAGCAAGAUUGCAAGCUAAUUCACCACCUCCUGAACCAGAGCUGGUUGACAUCCUUGAAAUCGUUGAACCACUAUUACCAUCCUCCUCCCACAACCCCCAUCUGUUGGAUGAUGCUUCGGACCCUGCUCUAAAGGCUUUACCAUCUUAUGAGCGACAAUUCAGGUACCAUUUCCACAGAGGGCGAGCAAUUUACAGCUGCACCGUAGUAAAAUAUGAGAACUGUCAGAGGCUUUGGAGAGAGCAAGGGGUGCAAGAGAGGGCACUGGAGAUUGCAAGGGCUAAUUUGGAACAAUUCUAUAGGAUGGUGCACCAAAAUUUUGUGGAUUUCAUGAAGUUUUACUCACAGCAGCACCGUAUCCAUUCUGAUCUUUUGAUGAAUUUUGGGAGGGAUAUAGAUAAACUGAGAUCUUGCAAGCUUCAUCCUGCUCUACAGACAGCUAAUCGCAAGUGCUUACUGGAUUUUGUGAAAGAAGAGAACUUGAGGAAGUGGAUGGAGAACUGUAGCAGCUCCCACAGGCAGUUUGAGACUAAGGUUUCACAAUUUAAGCAGAUGUAUAGUGAUGUGAAGCGCAAGGUCGAUGAUUUGCUUUCCAGCAAAACUUCGUUGCAUACCACCAAUUUAGAAUUGAUGAUCAAGGAGCACCAGCGAUACAUAAAUGAACAGAAGAGUAUAAUGCAGUCUCUGAGUAAGGAUGUCAGUACAGUGAAGAAACUUGUGCAUGACUCUGUGACCUGCCAAUUAUCCUCUUCUCUUCGUCCUCAUGAUGCAGUUUCUGCCUUGGGUCCUAUGUAUGAUGUCCAUGACAAGAAUCACCUACCUAAAAUGCAGGCUUGUGACCAUUCAAUUUCCAAGCUACUUGACUUUUGCAUUGAUAAGAAGAAUGAAAUGAACAAUUUUGUGCAUAAUUACAUGCAAAGGGUAACAUAUGUUUCUUACAUCAUCAAAGACACUCGGUAUCAAUUUCCCGUUUUUAAGGAGGCAAUGGCACGCCAAGAUACUUUGUUUGCAGACUUAAAAUUAGUCCGUGGGAUUGGCCCUGCAUACAGAGCCUGCCUCGCAGAAGUAGUGAGAAGAAAGGCUUCUAUGAAGCUUUACAUGGGCAUGGCUGGACAAUUAGCUGAAAAGCUUGCAACAAAGAGGGAAGCUGAGGUUAGGAGACGGGAGGAGUUUGUGAAAGCACAUAAUCCAUACAUACCUAGGGAUAUACUAGCAUCCAUGGGAUUGAAUGAUACUCCUAACCAAUGUGAUGUCAACUUAGCUCCUUUUGACACUAGUUUGCUUGAUAUUGACAUUUCAAACCUUGACCGAUAUGCGCCUGAGUAUUUAGCAGGACUGCCUUCUAAGAUUGAGAGGCAUGGUAGUACCACCUCAAAAGGCUCAUUUUCAAUGUCUCAUUCAGCUGAAGCUGAAGAGAACACUGUGGAUGCCCUUGAGAAGUAUGACUCAGAGGAGCUGCUUGAUGGAUGUGAGUUGGUAGAGAUUGUUGGUACCAGCAAAUUGGAAGUUGAGAAUGCAAAACUGAAGGCUGAACUUGCUUCUGCGAUAGCCUCGAUUUGUUCCUUUGGCCUUGAAGUUGAAUAUGAUUCUCUUGAUGAUAGUAAGCGGGAUCAUUUAUUGAAGAGUGCUGCAGAUAAGACGGCUGAAGCUUUGCAUCUGAAAGAUGAGUAUGGGAAACAUCUCGAAUCUAUGCUAAGGAUGAAGCAAAUACAAUGUGUGUCUUAUGAGAAACGUAUUCAAGAACUGGAGCAGAAGCUGUCUGAUCAAUAUUUGCAAAGUCAGAAGCUUUCAGGUAAUAAAGAUGCAUCUGAUUUUGCCCUUUUGGCUGCAAAGGCUGAUGACUGUAAGUCAGAAAUAUCUGGUGAUGGUGAAGGCCACAUGCCUUACAUAUCUACCACUGAACCUAUGGAUGAGGUCUCUUGUGCCUCUAAUUCUUUAGAUGCAAAAUUAGGGAUUUUCCCUAGGCAAACAGGCAAAUCCCGGGAAGGCUUGGAUGAGAACAUGGCUGAUUCCUCUGGCAUGAUAAAUCCUCAGUUGGAUUCUUCAAUGCUGGAACCACAUCUUGAAGAAUUGCAAGUCAGUGAUAAAGAUGGAAAAGAUAAGAUGGUGGAACAAUUAGGUAUGGCGCUGACCAACAGUUUCACUGCUGAAAGCACACCUGAGCCACUGAAUGUCUUACCUUGUGAUAGAUCAGUUGAACCGGACAUGAAUUCUAAAAUUAGCAACGAUGUUGUACUGGAAUUGCAAAGUAAACUUGCAGAAAAGACCAACCAAUUGGAUGAAACUGAAGCUAAACUUAAAGCUGCAGUGGAGGAGGUUGCCAUGCUAAGCAGGGAGUUGGAGAAUAGUCGGAAACUCCUUGAUGAAUCUCAGAUGAAUUGUGCUCACUUGGAGAAUUGUCUACAUGAAGCAAGAGAGGAAGCUCAGACUCACCUCUGUGCUGCUGACCGGAGGGCCUCGGAGUAUAGUGCAUUGCGUGCCUCUGCUGUGAAAAUGCGUGGUCUUUUUGAAAGACUUCGGAGCUGUGUCAAUGCUUCAGUUGGAGUGGUUGGUUUUGCUGAUUCCUUGCGUGCUUUAGCACAAUCUUUGACCAACUCCAUCCAUGACAAUGAAGAUGAUGGCAUUGUUGAGUUCCGACAGUGCAUCCGAACCCUUGCUGAUAAAGUUGGUAUUUUGUCAAGGCAACGUGCUGAGCUGCUUGACAGGAGUUCAAAGUUUGAAGCUGGAAAUAAACAACUUAUGAAGGAGUUGGAAGAAAAGAAAGAAUUAGUUAAAACAUUAUACACAAAGCAUCAACUUGACAAGCAGGCAAACAAGGAAAGAAUCUCAUUUGGCCGUUUUGAAGUCCACGAGAUUGCUGCGUUUGUGUUGAAUUCAGCUGGCCAUUAUGAGGCGAUCAACAGAAACUGCUCUAACUAUUAUCUAUCUACGGAGUCUGUGGCCUUGUUUGCAGACCAUCUCUCAAGGCGACCCAGCUACAUCAUUGGGCAGAUUGUGCAUAUUGAACGGCAAACUGUGAGGCCAUUGCCUCCUUCAAUUCAGGCUGAGCAUGGUAGAGGGGAUCCGAUAGAUUAUCUGACUUCUGACACGGGGACCAGUCGGUUGUCCUUGAAUUCAGGAUUAACUUCAAAUCCAUAUGGUCUACCAAUUGGUUGUGAAUACUUCAUAGUGACAGUAGCCAUGUUACCAGAAACCACCAUUUGUUCACCACCUCCUUCCUGAUCCUGCUUCAGGUAGAUGGACAUGAUGGAAGAAACUAAGUGUACAUAUAUCUAUAUCUAUAGCUAUAUAUAAUAAAGUAUCCUAAAAAAUGGAAAAAAAAAAAAAAAAAGAAGAAAAAACUCUGCUGGUAGGAGUUGAAAGUUAAUCUCUCUUUUUUGUAUAGCUGAUGAUGCAAUCCAGUUUACCAUCCCCUUUGUAUAUAAAGCUACCCACUGUGAAUAUUUAUCUAGCUCUUUGAUCUUUUAACUGGCCUUUAUUUAUCAGAACAUUUGCUUAGUUUACUCAGGUUCA